CAACGUUGUGUUUCUUUCAGUAUGUGCUCUUAAAGACAACUAAUGUGCGAGAAGCAUCGUGUUCAUGGGUGAAACCGGACCAAAUCUGAUUAACUGAAUUGGAGGAAGCUGCAGUCAACUGUUUUUAAAGUCUUGAACAUUGCACUGUUUAUAAAUGUUGUUUUAGUAAAAAGCUGCAGACGCUAGAAAUGUGAAAUAUGAACAGGGAAUAUUGGAAAUACCCAGCAUCUGUGGAGAGUGAAAUGUCAAAUUUGCAUUUUAGUUUAGUAAUCCUCGAACUUGAGAAAUAUUUAGAAAAUAUUCAGAAGGGGCCAUGAGAAGGCCUUGGUGAGCAGGAUUAAGGAAAACCCCAAGGCAUCCUGUAAGUAUGUGAAGAGCAAGAGGGUAAGAUGUGAGAGAAUAGGACCAAUCAAGUGUGACAGUGGAAAAGUGUAUGGAACCAGAGGAGACAGUGGAGUUACUUAAUACUGAAGCAAAGUGAUCAUUCACUGUGGAAAAGGACCUUGGCGAUUGUAGGGAUGACUUACAGCGGACUGAAAAGCUUCAACAUAUAGACAUUAAGAAAGAGGAUGUACAGGAGCUUUUGGGAAGCAUCCAGCUGGAUAACUCACUGGGACCAGACGAGAUAUGCCCCAGGCUACUGUGGGAGGCGAGGGAGGAGAUUGCUGAUCCUCUGGCAAUGAUCUUUACGGGAGAGGUUCUGGAGGAUUGGAGGGUUGCGGAUGUUGUUCCCUUAUUCAAGAAAGAGAGGUAGAGAUAGCCCAGGAACUUAUAGACCAGUGAGUCUUACUUCAGUUAUUGGUAAGUUGAUGGAGAAGAUCCUGAAAGGCAGGAUUUAUGAACAUUUGCAGAGGCAUAAUGAUUAGGAAUAGUCAGCAUGGCUUUGCAAAGGCAGGUCAUGCCUUACGAGCCUGAUUGAAUUUUUUGAGGAUAUGACUAAGCAUUGAUGAAGGUAGAGCAGUAGCUGUAGCAAGGCAUUUGAUGAGGUACCCCAUGCAAGACUUAUUGAGAAAGUAAGGAGGCAUGGGAUCCAAGGGAACAUUACUUUGUGGAUCCAGAAAUGGCUUGCCCAUAGAAAGCAAAGAGUGGUUGUAGAUGGGUCAUACUCUGCAUGGAGGUCGGUAAUCAAUGGUGUGCCUCAAGGAUUUGUUCUAGGAUCCCUAUUCUUUGUGAUUUUUAUAAAAGACCUGGAUGAGGAAGUGGAGGGAUGGGUUAGUAAAUUUGCUGAUGACACAAAGGUUGAGGGUGUUGUGGAUAGUGUGGAGGGCUGUCAGAGGUUACAGUGGGAAACUGGGCUGCGAAGUGGCAGAUGGAGUUCAACCCAGAUAACUGAGAGGUGUGAGGGAUCUUGGAGUCAGAGUCCAUAGGACUCUCAAGGCUACUGCGGAGGUUGAAUCUGUGGUUAAGAAGACAUACGAUGCAUUAGUCUUAUAGGACACUGGUCAGACUCCACUUGGGAGUACUCUGGCCAGUUCUGGUCACCUCACUACAGGAAGGAUAUGGAAGCCAUAAAAAGGGUGCAGAGGAGAUCUACAAGGAUGUUGCUUGGAUUGGGGAGCAUGCCCUGAGUGAACUUGGCCUUUUCUCCUUGGAGCGACAGAGGAUGAGAGGUAACCUGAUAGCGGUAUAUAAGAUGAGAAGAAUUGUAGCGUGGAUAAUCAGAGCUCUCCCCCUGGGCUGAAAUGGCUAACACGAGGGGGCACAGUUUUAAAGUGCUUGGAAGCAGGUACAGUGGAGAUGUCAGGAGUAAGUUUUUUACGCAGAGGGUGGUGAGGACAUGGAAUGGGCUGCUGGCGACGGUGGUGGAGGAGGGGUAUACGAUAGGAUCUUUUAAGAGACUUCUGGAUAGCUACAUGAAGCUUAGAAGAAUAAAGGGGUAUGGGUAACCCUAGGUAAUUUCUAAAAUAAGUACAUGUUUGGCACAGCAUCUUGAGCUGAAAGGCUUGUAUUCUGCUGUAGCUUUUCUAUGUUUCUUUCUUUCUUUUUCAAUAUUUUUAUUAAUUUCUUACAAAAGAAUACACAGUAUAGUAAGAUAAAUAAUAUCUCAAUUACAAUGUAUUGAAAUCACAGAUGAAGUGUAAUUACCUCAUAUCCAUAUAGAUUAAAUUUAAACAUAAAAUUGAAAAGAAAUAAUUUAAUUAUACAAAAAAUCUAAACCCACUACCUUAAAAAAACAGCUGUUUGGUUUUAACAAAAGGAAAAAAAAUCCUUAACAUAUUAUUAGCCAACAUCUGUGCUUAAUAGCAGAUCAAAGAUUUUGAAAGUAAUUCAAAAAAGGUCCCCACAAUGUUAAAAAAUCUUGUCUAGGUUCAGAAAUUGAACAGCGAAUCUUUUCUAAAUUUAAACAUGACAUAACAUUAUGUACCCAAUGAGAUUGAGCAGGUAGAGCGGCAUCCUUCCACUUAAGCAACAAUGCCUCCUGGCUAUAAGAGAAAUAAAGGCCAAAGUAUGCAAAUCGUGUCUCGAAAAUAACAUCAUUUCCUCCAACAAUACCAAAUAAGGCAGUCAAAGGAUUGGGUUUAAAAUUUACUUUAAAAAGCACUGAAAAAAGUUUGAAAUACUUCUUUCCUAUAUUUUUUAAGACUCGGACAAGUCCAAAACAUAGCUUCUCCAUUAUUACAUCUGUCACAAUAGGGAGAUAUAUCAGAAUAAAAACGAGACAGCUUAUCUUUAGACAAGUGGGCGCUAUGAACCACAUUAAAUUGUAGAAGGGAAUGACGGGCACAUAACGAUGAGGUAUUAACCAAUUUAAAAAUUUCAUUCCAAGUGUCCUCAGAAAUUGAAAUUUAUAAAUCUUGUUCCCAAAGAUUUUUAAUUUUAUCUAAAGGAAUAUUUCUCAUUCCCAACAGCAUACCAUAAAUAUUAGAUAUAGGUGCAUUAUAGAAGGGUUUCAAAUUAAAAAAUUAUAUCAAAUCAGUUUUUAUCUGGACUUUUAGGAAAUGUAUACUUGAGAAUGCAGUGGAGUUUCAAGAUGGCGACGUAAACAUCUGCCUUUUAGGCGCUCUUCACUUUUUUAACUAUAAUCACCCUUUAAUCAAAUCUUUUUGAAUUUAAUCAAAUGAGUUGAUAUUUUCGAUUGACUUUUCUUUUCCCUAAAACUAUAUUUGACCUAACUUUGACGAACUCAAAAUGGCUACAAGUAAGAAAUCGUCUAAGGAGCCUUUAUCUAUCGACGCAAUUUCUAAUCUUCUGGACGCUAAACUUGCAAGUUUGGAAAGCAAGCUGGAAAGUAAAAUGGCAAGUUUGGAAAGCAAGCUUACCACGAAAAUGUCUGAACUUGAAGGAGCUGUUAGGUCGCUUGAUACUAAGCUUCAGUCGCAGGCAUCGGAUAUUCAGCGGCAUGAAGAUAAGUUGGCGACUCUUGAAAAAUUAAUUGUUGAAAAAGUACGUACAAUUGAAGUGUUGGAUAAGAAGGUACAAUCGACUCUUAAAACUGUAGAUCAGUAUAAGUUUAAAAUUACUGCUCUCGAAAAUCGAUCUCGCAGACAGAAUUUGCGAAUUAUCGGGUUUCCCGUAAGAGUUGAGUCCGGUGAUUUAACUGAAUUUUUCUCUAAAUUACUGUGGGAAAUUUUCGGUGAUGAAGGUUUGCAAACUAAACCUGUUAUUGACCAUGCUCACAGAGUUGCGAGGUUUUCGUCUACGACUGAUAAACCACGAGCGGUGAUUGUUCGUCUGCAUUAUCCUCGUGAGAAAGAGCUUUUAAUUCGAUUAGCUCGUAAAAAAGAUUGCUGAACUCACAUUUGUAUUUAGUAAUAUGGCUUUUUCAAAAUGGCGUUUCUUCUUCCCAUAAGUCUUUGCUUUUGAAACGUCAUCUUGUAUUUGAACACGGGAUUUUUUUUUAAAGGUAUAUUACACUUUCAAAUUUUGAUGUUUAUACUUUUUUUAUUAAUGAUUGUUUGUUUUAUUAUAUUAGUUUUUUUAUUCUGAUUGAUAUAUAUUUUCUUUUUGCAACUCUAUAUCUUAAUCUGGGUGUUAUAUAGUUUUCUUUUAAUCUUUUUAUAGAGCUGCCAUCUUGAAAUGGGGGUAAUAUUAGUAUUAGAUUAUGCA